UUCUUCCGUGCGGGGCAGGUCCUUUCGGUCCCCAACUCACCCGAGGCGCAGUGGACAGGCGCCGAACUCGGAGCACAGCGGCCCUAGCCUCCUCGGGAGGGGUAAGGGGGUGCACAAAGCGGUCCCCCAGCUGGGCGAGCCCUGGUGCAGCCCUGGUGCAAGCAGAGGCGGGGGACAACAGCCGUGGGGUGCCCAGGCCAGUGCCCAGCCCCAGCCGAGCUCUGGCGGGGUCCACAUGCGGCCCGCGGCUGCAACCCUCGUCCUGCAGCAGCCACGCUGUCCCGCAGCUGUCCUGAGCCCCGGAGGCAGCUGCGCCCCAGGUUCGCGCUGCUAGACUCGGGGCGGCCUCCUGUGCCAACGCGAGCAGUAAACAUCCAUCCAGCCAUUCACCUCACAUUCCAAAGAGGGAAUCCAGUCUCCAGGUGUAUAGGCAGGACGUCGUGUUAGCUCCAAGCCAAGAAGCUUUUGCCAGCGUCCACAGAAGUAGGCUAAGGCUAAUUGGGAAGCUGAAUACAAUCUUAAAUUUCAGAUUUCUCUAGAGGAGAAAACUCUGCUGUUAGACUUGCAAAAGGAGGAUGGUGCGUGCUUGCAUGUCUGUCCGCUCAGCAAAGCUGUAAUUAUCAUCCAAUUUUGCCGAAUUUUAGCUUUUAUUACGGGAAUAUUUGGGAUCAUGGCAUAUUGCCGUAUUUCAAGAUCACAGGUUUACUUAUUGUGUCUUUCAGGGAAAAGGAAGUAAAGUGAAGACAAGGCAAACAACAAUUACAGACCUACUACAAAGUUAGGAGAAAAGGAUUAACUCAAGGAAUCGGGUCAAAAGAACAUUGAAGCAGGAACACAGUUACAAAUAGCCUAUGCACAUUCAGGUCUCUAAGAUGGAUUUGGAGCUCAAGGAAUAUUAUAACAAGACACUUGCCACAGAAAAUAAUACUACUACCACUCGGAACUCGGAUUUCCCAGUCUGGGAUGACUAUCGAAGCAGUGUAGAUGACUUACAGUACUUUCUCAUUGGGCUAUAUACAUUUGUAAGUCUUCUUGGUUUUAUGGGAAAUCUACUUAUUUUAAUGGCUCUCAUAAAAAAGCGUAAUCAGAAGACUACAGUCAACUUUCUCAUAGGAAAUUUAGCCUUCUCUGAUAUCUUGGUUGUGCUGUUUUGCUCACCGUUCACACUAACCUCUGUCUUGUUGGAUCAGUGGAUGUUUGGCAAGGUCAUGUGCCAUAUUAUGCCUUUCCUUCAAUGUGUGUCCGUACUGGUUUCAACUUUAAUUUUAAUAUCAAUUGCCAUUGUCAGGUACCAUAUGAUAAAACAUCCUAUCUCUAACAAUUUAACUGCCAACCAUGGCUAUUUCCUUAUAGCUACUGUUUGGACAUUAGGUUUUGCAAUUUGUUCCCCUCUUCCAGUGUUUCACAGUCUUGUGGAACUUCAGGAAACAUUUGGUUCAGCGUUGCUGAGCAGCAGGUAUUUAUGUGUUGAGUCAUGGCCAUCUGAUUCAUACAGAAUUGCUUUUACUAUUUCUUUAUUGCUAGUUCAGUAUAUUCUUCCCUUAGUUUGUCUAACUGUAAGUCAUACAAGUGUUUGCAGGAGUAUCAGCUGCGGAUUGUCCAACAAAGAAAACAGACUGGAAGAAAAUGAGAUGAUCAACUUAACUCUUCAUCCAUCCAAAAAGAGUGGAAAUCAGGUGAAACUCUCCAAAACCCAUAAGUGGAGUUACUCUUUCAUCAGAAAACAUAGAAGGAGAUAUAGCAAGAAGACUGCCUGUGUGUUGCCUGCUCCAGCGAGACCGUCUCUAGAGAACCAGUCAAGGACACUUCCAGAAAACUUUGGCUCUGUGAGAAGUCAAAUCUCUUCUUCUAGUAAGUUCAUACCAGGGGUCCCAACUUGCUUCGAGAUAAAACCUGAGGACAAUUCGGAUGCUCAUGAAAUGAGAGUAAAACGCUCCAUCACAAGAAUAAAAAAGAGAUCUCGAAGUGUCUUCUACAGACUGACUAUACUCAUAUUAGUAUUUGCUGUUAGUUGGAUGCCACUACACCUUUUUCAUGUGGUAACGGAUUUCAAUGAUAACCUUAUUUCAAAUAGACAUUUCAAGUUGGUAUAUUGCAUUUGUCAUUUGUUAGGUAUGAUGUCCUGUUGUCUCAAUCCAAUUCUGUAUGGGUUUCUUAAUAAUGGAAUCAAAGCUGACUUAAUGUCCCUUAUACACUGUCUUCAUUUGUCAUAAUUCUCACUAUUUACCAAAGAAAGAGCAAAUACUGAGAUCGUCUAACAGUCAUGAUAAUGAUGUACAUAUCACAAACAAAUUUUGUUGACAUACGGAACCUAAUUUAUGUGAUAGAACUCUGUAUUUGAGUGUUUUCGUAAUACCUGGAAGGUAAUUUUAAUGUGUUUUAACUUGAUUUAUUUAUUUGUACAGAGUCAAUGCCAAUCCAACUUGUAAUUUCAUCUUCCAAAUUUCAUGUUACCUGUAAAUAAAUGAAUGGAAUUUUUUGUUUAAAAUAAAAAGUAUGUCUAGCCAA